UCGCCAUGACGACGAGCCAGGUAACGCUCCACCAGCAAGGAGCGCACGUGCGGAGGCGAUGCCAAGGAGUAGUCGAGGGUGGCCAUGUGGCGCUCGUCUUCCCUGCCCUCUCUCCGCAUGUGGUCGUCCGCACGGUCACCGCCUCGGUGGUGGCAGUCAAUCCGCCUGGCGCCGCCCUCGUGGCGUCAUCGAUGCCGUCAUCGCCAACAGCAGCAACGACGCCCGAGCCGACGCCCGAGCCGACACCCGAGCCGAAGGCAAUGGGGCCGACGCCAGAGGCUAGGCCAGCAGAGCCGACAUCAUCACCGCCACCGCCAGCAUCAUCAUCGCGAUCUGGCUCGCUCUGCGCCUGGAUCGACCGUGUCGAGGUGUCCAAGCUCCCGCCGCUCCCUCCACCGCUUCCUGCUGGCGAUGAAAACGUGGGCGGAGAGGUUGAGACCGUUGCGUCCGGACAUGCUGCUGGCAAGGAGCGACGUUGGGCCGUGGAUGAGGUCAUCGAGUCGUGGGCGGUGGCUGCAGCGGAUGCGGCAAAGUCUGUCGAGGAGUACAUGGCAGCAGUGGCCGGGCUCGAUGCCAUGUUCGAUGCGGUGGCCGGGUCUGCGCGCUGCGGCGACAUUGUGGUCUCUGUCACCGGCUCAGAGGCUGCAGAGGGGCAUGUGGUCGAGGUGGAGGUUCAGUAUGUGGUGACUCGGGUAGGAUGGAAGCCCGAGUACGAGGUCAGGAUCGAUACGGUGGCCAACGAGGCCGAGAUUGUAGUCCACGCAGGGGUGGACAACAACUGCGGCGAGGCUUGGGGCAGUGCGGAUGCGCCAGUGGAAGUCGACUUUACCUAUCUACCGCUCCCAGUCGACGCGUGCGCGCUGCCGACGGCCGAGCCACCGCCGGUGGUAGCGGUAGUUACCGGCGAUGAGCACUUGACCGAUGUUGCCGAGGCCGGCUUUGCCUUUGCGGAGCUCCCACAAUUCAGUGCGGCUGCAGUUGUGGUGAGUGGCGAGAGCAGGGUCGAGAUUGGGAGCGUGGUGUUGCCUGUGGUGGCCCAGGUCCACGUGGUCGCGCCUGCGCAGGAGCCAUUGGCGUACCUCCGAGUUGACUUGGAGAACACAAGCGGUCGGUUGCUUGCGCCUGGCGAGGCUUCCGUCUUUGCAGACGGUAGCUUUGUGGGCGGCUAG